GCGGCAAAGAGAGAGCCAUCUGGCGGCGGGUCGGGGAAGCCAGCAGCGUGACGUCACCCGUCUUCCUCCACCAGUUGGUCCUUUUCGGCGUUACCAGCAGACGCCCCCACUGUGUUCUGUACUGUGUCACCUUUACCACCAAACAUCCAAGAUGGUGAACUUCACAGUGGAAGAGAUCCGUGAGUUGAUGGACAAAAAGAAAAAUAUUCGUAACAUGUCCGUAAUUGCUCAUGUGGAUCAUGGAAAAUCUACUCUCACGGACUCUCUUGUUUCAAAAGCGGGUAUCAUUGCUUCUUCUCGUGCCGGUGAAACCCGGUUUACAGAUACCCGCAAAGAUGAGCAAGAACGUUGCAUUACCAUUAAGUCUACCGCCAUCUCGAUGUACUUCAAGCUAGGCGAAGAGAACAUGGCUUUAAUUACUAGCCCUGACCAAAGGGAGAAGGGUGAGAGUGGUUUCCUUGUCAACCUCAUCGAUUCACCUGGUCACGUGGACUUCUCAUCGGAGGUGACGGCUGCCCUGCGUGUUACUGAUGGUGCUCUUGUUGUGGUGGACUGUGUGUCUGGUGUCUGUGUGCAGACUGAAACUGUUCUCCGUCAGGCUAUUGCUGAACGUAUUAAGCCUGUGUUGUUCAUGAACAAGAUGGACCGUGCCCUACUUGAAUUGCAACUAGAGCAAGAGGAACUUUAUCAAACUUUCCAGCGUAUUGUGGAGAAUGUGAACGUGAUCAUUGCCACUUACAACGAUGAUGCUGGCCCCAUGGGAGAGAUGCGUGUGGACCCUAGCAAGGGCUCUGUUGGCUUUGGCUCUGGCCUUCAUGGUUGGGCUUUCUCUGUCAAGGAGUUUGCUGAUAUCUAUGCCAGCAUGUUCAAAGUUCCUGCUGCCAAGCUUAUGAACAAGUUGUGGGGUGAGAACUUCUUCAACAAGAAGACAAAGAAGUGGUCAACAACCAAGAGUUCUGACAAUGAGCGUGCCUUCAACACCUACAUCCUUGACCCCAUCUUCAAGUUAUUUGAUGCUAUAAUGAACUUUAAGAAAGACGAAACUACGAAGCUCUUGGAAACCUUGAAAAUCAAGUUGGCUGUUGAGGACAGGGAUAAGGAAGGAAAGCCUCUACUUAAGGUAGUAAUGCGCACUUGGUUACCAGCUGGUGAUACCCUCUUCCAUAUGAUUACCAUCCAUCUGCCUUCUCCAGUAACUGCCCAGAAAUAUCGUGCCGAGAUGCUUUAUGAAGGACCAUCUGAUGAUGCCUGUUGCACAGGCAUUCGCAAUUGUGAUGCAGAGGCCCCACUUAUGAUGUACAUAUCAAAGAUGGUGCCAACAUCAGACAAAGGCCGCUUCUAUGCCUUUGGUCGUGUGUUUUCUGGAAAGGUUGGCAGUGGUCAGAAAGUGCGCAUCAUGGGACCUAACUUUGUCCCUGGCAAGAAGGAAGAUCUUUAUGAAAAAUCUAUCCAGAGGUCGAUCUUGAUGAUGGGUCGCUUCGUUGAAGCCAUCGAAGACGUCCCAGCAGGGAACAUUUGUGGUCUAGUUGGUGUUGAUCAAUAUCUAGUGAAGACUGGUACCAUUACAACAAGUAAGGAUGCCCACAACAUGAAAGUUAUGAAAUUCAGCGUGUCGCCUGUUGUGCGUGUGGCUGUAGAGCCAAAGAAUCCAUCUGACCUCCCCAAGCUUGUUGAAGGUCUUAAACGUCUUUCCAAGUCGGAUCCCAUGGUACAGUGUAUCAUUGAAGAGUCUGGAGAACACAUUGUAGCAGGAGCUGGUGAAUUGCAUCUUGAGAUUUGCCUAAAGGAUCUAGAAGAAGACCAUGCUUGCAUUCCCCUAAAGAAGACUGAUCCCGUGGUAUCAUACAGGGAAACCGUUUCAGCAGAAUCGACAGAAUUGUGUUUGUCAAAAUCACCUAACAAGCACAACCGUUUGUAUAUGAAGGCUCUUCCUAUGCCUGAUGGCUUGGCUGAUGAUAUUGAGAAUGGUAAAGUUACUCCACGUGAUGAUCCCAAGGCCAGGAAGACGUUCCUUUGUGAAAACCAUAAAUUUGAUGCCACUGAUGCUAUGAAGAUCUGGACAUUUGGACCAGAAUCGACUGGCGCCAAUAUUCUUGUCGAUGUGACAAAGGGCGUACAGUACCUUAAUGAGAUCAAAGAUUCAUGUGUAGCUGGUUUCCAGUGGGCUACAAAGGAAGGUGUACUCUGUGAUGAGAACAUGCGUGCUGUUCGCUUCAACCUUCAUGACGUAACUCUACAUGCUGAUGCUAUUCAUCGUGGUGGUGGCCAGAUCAUUCCUACUACUCGCCGUGUGCUUUAUGCUUCUGUUCUUACAGCAGAGCCCCGCCUACAAGAACCAGUGUAUCUCUGUGAGAUUCAGUGCCCUGAAGCUGCUGUAGGUGGCAUCUAUGGUGUAUUAAACAGGAGGCGUGGUGUUGUAUUUGAAGAAAUGCAAGUGAUGGGUACACCCAUGUUUGUUGUCAAGGCUCAUCUUCCUGUCAAUGAGUCCUUUGGAUUUACUGCCGACCUUCGUUCAAAUACUGGUGGUCAGGCAUUCCCUCAAUGUGUGUUUGAUCAUUGGCAAGAAAUGCCUGGCAACCCCAUGGAUGCAACAGCCAACAGCAAGCCCUACAACAUUGUUAUGGAAACCAGGAAGAGGAAAGGCUUGAAGGAAGGCCUACCGGACCUCACCAACUACCUGGACAAGCUGUAAUCACAUGACCCACAUACCAUAGAUAUAUAAUAAGGUUUUAUUUACUAUAUAAUGUUACUGUGAUUACAAUAAAGCGGGAGGAAGUUG